AUGGCGGCUCCAGUCAACAUCGAUGUCCCGAAGCUGAUACUAGACAAUGGAGGGGGGCUGAUCAAGGGAGGCAUCCUGCCGAGUUACUCCCAGAUGAAUGACUCCCAAUGUAACGAAAUAGAACCUAAGUUCAUAGUCCCCAAUUGUGUAGGACAGGUGAGAAAGAAAAAUAUCAUUCACAUAAGUGACAGCUGCUACAGCAUAUCUGAGUACUUCUGUCACAGACCUCAUGCAGAUGGGUUGCUACUGGAUUUGGAGAUGCAGACGAAGAUCUGGGAAAAACUCUUCUCUUGCAAGCAAACAGUUGGGUAUAAAAUAAAGGACAUGGCGAUCUGCAUCACGGAGUCAUAUCUCACCCCAGCGUACAUAAGACAGGGAGUUAUAGAGCUUCUCUUCGAGUACUUUAAUUUUAAUCAGAUUGUCGUUGUGUCCUCUCAAACGAUGCUACCCUUUUCUUUCAUCGGACUUAACUUGGGACAGUAUGACAUUUUAAAUCCUCCUGUUUUUUCCUACCCCAAUUCGAGGGGCAGGAAGGGGGAGGCAUCCAAGCGGAGGAAAAGGGGAGCAGCAACAGGAGGAGGAGCAGGAGCAGCAGCAGGCGGAGCAGCAGGAGGAGGAAGUAAAUCCAUCACCAGGAAGAACCUCAGUCCGAAGGAGAACAUAAAAGGGGAGGAGGGGGAUGGAAGUUGUCGUAAUAUUCAUGCCGAUUUGAAGAGUGAGGUAGAUAAAUGGUCAUCGGGUGAGUUGCAGGACGAGUGGGAGGAGGAAGAGGGGGGAGUAGGCCUGGGAGGAGUGGGAGGAGCGGCAGGACUGGGGAUGUCCAGCCGCAGCGACGUCUUCAGUGAGGUUAAGAACGAGCUGAAUGGGUUGGGGAGUGGAUUAGAGAGCGGUUUGAGAAGCGGCUUGGGGAGCGGCUUGGGAAGCGGCUUCGGAAGCGGCUUGGGGAACGGCUUGGGAAGCGGCUUGGGGAGCGGCAUACCGCACGACGCGUGCAGCACCACCUCCCAGCAGAACGAUGGACCUGGGCAGGAGGAUCAUCCCCCUCCCGCGGAAAAUAACGCAUUAACCAAUAGACACAUCUUCGUAAAAAACAUCGAGUGCUACAAUAAGUAUACCCAGCGCGUGUAUCUGGAGGAGGGCUUCCGAGGGGAGAAUUGGCAGGAGUAUCACUUUGAUGGCUUUUUCAACUGUGGUGGUGGUAACUUCCCUAGCAAUGGAGUGGUGCGCACGCUGCAGAGUAAUAGCUACCUAGGAAAUAACUUCGCAGUCCAGGAUCCCAAUUUUUUACUUCCCGAUCAGAUAGACCUACAACACAGGUACUACGAACCUAACGAUAGAGACCUGCAUAAAUUUCAAAGCCAUUUUAACAACACGUAUGUGGAAAGCUUCUACAGGGAAGUCCUAAACGGGAAUUACAAUUUAUCUCUGAGGAAUCCCUGUGCUUUGUAUGUAGAUGUAGGGUUUUCUCACACGUAUGUGUUGCCAUACAUCGAGUAUAAGCUGAUUGAAUACGCCAUUUUAAGGACUAAGGUCUCUGCUUCUAUAUUAAAUACUUACUUGAAGAAUAUCCUUUCGUACAAGCAUGUGAAUCUGGAACACAAUGAGCUGCUCGUGGAAAAUAUAAAGGAGAGGGCUUGCUACGUGUCGCUGGACUACGAACAGGAUUUAGAGAACGAGAAGAGGCGGCUGCAGGAGAUUAAGCGGCAGCGGAUUGCGGACAAGCUGGGCGCGCGCGAGGAGCGGGAAGCGGCCAAGACCAACGUUGAGGGUCGCGAGGGAGAGGUACCCUAUGGGAUGGCCAACGGGAAGGGGAAAAUCAAACUGAAGGAAGUCGAUCCGAGUUGCAAAGACGGGGAGGAGAACCCCACUGUGGGUGUUUUCACUACGAAAAAUGGUGGCCAAAAAAAAAAGCGAACACAACCGCAUCUCUUCUACAGUUACAAGCUAAUCGAUUACAACAACGCGACAAAGAGGGAGAUUAGCGAAGUGUAUGACACGUUGAGGACAAACUCAUCCAACGAUUGCAUUUAUGUGGACUCCGACUUGGACGACCAGAUGGAGUUUUCUAACUACGUGGAGAGUAGUGACAUGGGGAAAGCUGAAGAGAGUAACGAAAAAGAGAGCAAGUCCGAUGAGAGGUACCGAGAUGGAAACGCUUAUAAGAACAGACACGAGGGAGAUCUACGACGAAGGGAAUUCCCAAACGAUCUGAGUGUAAAGGGAAGGAACACAGAAACGGAGCACAAAAAUGACAUCAUAAAUUUGACGAAUGAACGAAUAAGUAUCCCAGAGGUUCUUUUUAAUCCGAAGGACAUAAAUUUGGAACACUGCAGCAUCGUGGAGCUGAUCUACAGAUGCAUCUCGUUACUUCCUAAAGAGAUGCAGAGGUAUUUUUUGGCUCAGAUAUACAUCUCAGGUGGCUCAACUAAAUUCAAGAAUUUCAAGCACAGACUGUACAAGGAGUUACGAGCUAUGUUCCCAAGCGAGUGGGAGAUUAAUAUUUAUUCUCAUCGCAAUGGUCUCUACAGCAACUACAUCGGCACAUACGUCUGGCUCAGCGAUCACAACAUUUAUAAUUAUAACGUGAUCACCCGGGAGCAGUACUUCAACCACGGCAAGGGUGCCUAG